UGGAGUCACAGAAGACCGGACCCUACCGUGUAUGAUUGGAGUCUAAAGGAAAAAAAGAACUUCCCUCGCCUCAAAGAGUCUACAUGUCUAAUAUUUAGACAUGUUCAGCUUUGUGGAUAUUCGGCUAGCGCUGUUGCUCAGCGCCACAGUGCUUUUGGCAAGGGGUCAAGGCGAGGAUGAUCGCACAGACGGCAGCUGCACGUUGGACGGCCAAGUGUACAACGACAGGGAUGUCUGGAAACCAGAACCAUGCCAGAUUUGCGUCUGUGACAGCGGUACCGUCAUGUGCGACGACGUUAUUUGCGAGGACACAUCUGACUGCCCCAACCCAGUGAUUCCCCAUGAUGAAUGCUGCCCAGUCUGCCCUGACGAUGAGCCGCAGGGGCCCUCUGUUGAGGGACCCAGGGGUGUGCCCGGUGAGAAGGGUGAGAGGGGACCACCUGGACCUCCCGGCAAUGACGGAAUUCCCGGACAGCCCGGCCUUCCUGGACCACCAGGCCCCCCUGGACCCCCUGGCCUUGGCGGAAACUUUUCUCCUCAGAUGGCUGGCGGAUACGAUGAGAAAUCUGGUGGUGCCAUGCCCAUCCCAGGCCCCAUGGGCCCCAUGGGUCCCCGUGGUCCUCCUGGACCUCCUGGACCUAGCGGACCCCAAGGCUUUACUGGCCCCCCUGGUGAGCCUGGUGAGGCUGGUGCACCUGGUCCAAUGGGUCCCCGUGGGGCAGCUGGGCCUCCUGGAAAGAACGGAGAAGAUGGUGAGUCUGGCAAGCCUGGUCGUCCCGGUGAGCGUGGUCCCUCUGGGCCACAGGGUGCUCGUGGGUUCCCCGGAACUCCUGGACUUCCCGGAAUCAAAGGACACAGAGGAUUCAGUGGUCUAGAUGGAGCCAAGGGAGAUACUGGCCCUGCUGGACCUAAGGGAGAGGCUGGUGCCCCUGGAGAGAACGGUGCCCCUGGAGCCAUGGGUCCUCGUGGUCUCCCUGGUGAGAGAGGCCGUGCUGGUCCUCCUGGAGCUGCUGGUGCUCGUGGUAACGAUGGUGCCGCUGGUGCUGCUGGUCCUCCUGGUCCAACUGGCCCUGCUGGUCCCCCAGGAUUCCCUGGUGCCCCCGGAGCUAAGGGAGAGGUUGGCCCACAGGGAGCUCGUGGUGGUGAGGGACCCCAGGGAGCCCGUGGAGAGCCUGGUAACCCUGGCCCCGCUGGUGCAGCUGGACCUGCUGGAAACAAUGGAGCUGAUGGUGCCCCUGGUGCAAAGGGAGCUCCUGGCGCCCCUGGUAUUGCUGGUGCUCCUGGCUUCCCUGGACCUCGUGGUCCUCCUGGACCAUCUGGAGCUGCUGGUGCCCCUGGCCCCAAGGGUAACACUGGUGAGGUUGGUGCCCCUGGAGCCAAAGGAGAAGCCGGUGCCAAGGGAGAAUCUGGUCCUCCUGGAGUUCAAGGCCCCCCUGGCCCUGCUGGCGAAGAGGGCAAGAGAGGACCCCGUGGUGAGCCCGGUGCUGUUGGUUCCCGUGGAGCCCCUGGAGAGCGUGGUGCUCCAGGUGCCCGUGGUUUCCCUGGUGCUGAUGGAGGCGCUGGCCCUAAGGGUGCCCCUGGUGAGCGUGGUGGCCCUGGAGUUGUUGGACCUAAGGGUGCCACUGGUGAGCCUGGCCGCAAUGGCGAGCCUGGUAUGCCUGGAUCUAAGGGUAUGACUGGUAGUCCUGGUAGCCCUGGACCUGAUGGCAAGACGGGACCUGCUGGUGCUCCUGGACAAGAUGGCCGCCCUGGACCUCCAGGCCCUGCUGGAUCCAGAGGUCAGCCUGGUGUCAUGGGAUUCCCAGGACCAAAGGGUGCUGCUGGUGAGGCUGGCAAACCCGGUGAGAGAGGUGUGAUGGGACCUGUUGGUGCUACUGGUGCCCCUGGUAAAGAUGGUGAUGUUGGUGCUCCUGGUGCUCCAGGUCCUGCUGGACCUGCUGGUGAGAGAGGAGAGCAGGGACCUACUGGUCCUCCUGGAUUCCAGGGUCUGCCUGGACCUCAGGGUGCUACUGGUGAGAGUGGCAAGCCCGGUGAGCAGGGUCUGCCUGGUGAGGCUGGAGCCCCUGGACCUGCUGGAUCAAGAGGUGACAGAGGUUUCCCUGGUGAGCGUGGUGCCCCUGGACCUUCUGGUCCUGCUGGUGCCCGUGGUUCUCCUGGUUCUGCUGGUAACGAUGGUGCCAAGGGUGAUGUUGGUGCUCCAGGUGCCCCCGGUGCUCAGGGUCCUCCUGGUCUCCAGGGAAUGCCCGGUGAGCGUGGCGCUGCUGGCCUGCCUGGACUCAAGGGUGACAGAGGUGACCAAGGUGCCAAGGGUGCUGAUGGUGCUGCUGGCAAGGAUGGUAUCCGUGGUAUGACUGGCCCCAUUGGACCUCCUGGCCCUGCUGGUGUUCCUGGUGACAAGGGUGAGACUGGACCUGGUGGACCUGUUGGACCCACUGGUGCCCGUGGCCCCCCUGGCGAGCGUGGUGAGGCUGGUGCUCCAGGACCUGCUGGAUUUGCUGGACCUCCUGGUGCUGAUGGUCAGCCUGGUGCUAAGGGUGAGCCUGGUGACAAUGGUGCCAAGGGUGAUGCUGGACCUCCUGGACCUGCCGGACCCACUGGUGCCCCUGGACCUCAGGGUCCCGUUGGUUCUACUGGACCUAAAGGUGCUCGCGGUGCUGCUGGUCCUCCUGGUGCUACUGGUUUCCCUGGUGCUGCUGGCAGAGUUGGACCUCCCGGCCCUGCUGGUAACCCUGGCCCACCCGGAGCCCCUGGAAUCGCUGGAAAAGAAGGCGCUAAAGGCAACCGUGGUGAGACUGGUCCUGCUGGUCGCCCUGGUGAGAUUGGUGCUGCCGGACCUCCUGGUGCUCCUGGUGAGAAGGGAGCUCCUGGUGGUGAGGGUCCCCCUGGUCCUGCUGGUAUCCCUGGACCUCAGGGUCUUGCUGGACAGCGUGGUAUUGUUGGUCUUCCUGGACAGAGAGGCGAGCGUGGUUUCCCUGGUCUCCCUGGCCCAUCUGGAGAGCCUGGCAAACAGGGACCUGGUGGCCCCUCUGGUGAGCGUGGACCUCCUGGACCAAUUGGACCUCCUGGACUUGCUGGACCACCUGGCGAGCCUGGACGUGAGGGUACUCCUGGUGGUGAGGGUUCUGCUGGUCGCGAUGGUGCUCCUGGCCCCAAGGGUGACCGUGGUGAGACUGGUGCUGCUGGUGCUCCUGGUGCUCCCGGACCCCCUGGUGCUCCUGGACCUGUUGGCCCUGCUGGAAAGACUGGUGACCGUGGAGAGGCUGGACCUGCUGGUCCCGCCGGCGCUGCUGGCCCCUCUGGUCCCCGUGGCCCUGCUGGACCCGCUGGACCACGUGGUGACAAGGGUGAGACUGGAGAGGCUGGAGAGAGAGGCAUGAAGGGACACAGAGGUUUCACUGGUAUGCAGGGACCCCCAGGACCUCCUGGACCCUCUGGUGACCCUGGACCUGCUGGUGCUGCUGGCCCCGCUGGACCAAGAGGACCCUCUGGAGCUGCUGGUAGCCCUGGUAAGGAUGGAAUGAGUGGACUGCCUGGCCCUAUUGGACCUCCUGGACCACGUGGUCGCAAUGGUGAAAUUGGACCUGCUGGUCCUCCUGGACCUCCCGGACCCCCAGGACCUCCAGGACCCUCUGGUGGUGGAUUCGACAUCGGUUUCAUUGCUCAGCCCCAGGAGAAGGCCCCUGAUCCUCUCCGUCUCUUCCGUGCUGAUGAUGCCAAUGUGCUGCGUGACCGUGACCUGGAGGUUGACACUACCCUCAAGUCCCUGAGCCAACAGAUUGAGAGCAUCCGCAGCCCCGAGGGUACUAAGAAGAACCCUGCUCGCACCUGCCGCGACCUGAAGAUGUGCCAUCCUGACUGGAAGAGUGGCGAGUACUGGAUUGACCCUGACCAGGGCUGCACACAGGAUGCUAUCAAGGUAUACUGCAACAUGGAAACCGGCGAGACCUGCGUCUACCCAACACAGGCCGAGAUUCCCAAGAAGAACUGGUACACAAGCAAGAACAUCAAGGAGAAGAAACACGUCUGGUUCGGCGAGACCAUGACCGAUGGCUUCCAAUUCGAAUAUGGUGGCGAGGGCUCCAAGACUGAGGAUGUCAACAUCCAGCUCACCUUCCUGCGUCUCAUGUCCACUGAGGCCUCCCAGAACAUCACAUACAACUGCAAGAACAGCAUUGCCUACAUGGACCAGCAAACUGGCAACCUCAAGAAGGCUCUGCUGCUGCAGGGCUCCAACGAGAUCGAGAUCAGAGCCGAGGGCAACAGCCGCUUCACAUACAGCGUCACUGAGGAUGGCUGCACGUCACACACCGGUGCAUGGGGCAAGACAGUCAUCGACUACAAAACAACAAAAACAUCCCGUCUGCCUAUUAUUGACAUCGCUCCUAUGGACGUUGGUGCACCCAACCAGGAAUUUGGCAUUGAAGUUGGCCCAGUCUGCUUCUUGUAGAAAAGAAAUCUGGACUUGAAAUUGUUUGUGUGUGUGCGUGUGUUUUUUUUUUUCUAGCAGUCAUCUCUCUAAAACCUUUUCUAUGCAUUUAAAACACCCUAGAGUUCGAUUUGGCUGUCCAAAUGGUCCACUUGCUUAAAACUGCGCUACAGAAGACAGUGGUUGUGUGAUAUCAAGCUUUUUGGGACCACUAUUUUACCAUCACCUCCACCAAGGAUACUGUAAAAGACUUAUUUGUUUCACUGGCAACAAGAAAAUAAUAUAUACUCUAAAGUGUAAAGUCCCCCUGGAGUUAAAAAAAAAAUUCAAUCAGAUACAGGUGACUUUUUAUCACUGCAGAAGGACAAUGAAAAGAAAAAAACAAAUGCUUUGUACCAUUUUUCAGGUGUUAAAUAAAUGUGUAAAAUGACAGUAAAGUGUCUUGUUGUUCUACCCAUCAGGACAAGUAACCAACUGAAACCAAAUGCCAUUGUUCCUUCAAAAGUCACAUUGUGACCAGGAGUAGAGACAGGGAUGCAAUUUAAUUUUGAUAUCUUAUGGCUACCUCAGAAAAAAAACACAUGCUUAGUGUUAACACCAGGCUAGGAUUUUGCACAGCAUGAGUAUGGUUGAAAGAGCAAGUAACAACUGCAAAAGGUGCUAUUUCUUCAUGAGGUCCUGUGAGUAAGAUGUAUAUGAGUUUUGCAUUUUUAAAGUAAUGUAUUGUUGUUACUCUUGCUUGCAGGGCCUUUGGUGCUAAGAAACCACAAAAUCUUGCUGCCCAGUUGUAACAGAUAUCUUUUGUCUUUAAAUGUAUGUUCAGAGCUUAACAGUAGCACCUUGGUUAAGGGGGUUAUGCCUUAGCUGUGAUUCAACCAGUCUUCUAGUGUAGAGUAAACAGGUGGAUUUAAUGAGUCUGUUUUUCCCCAAACAACUUCUUGACACUUUUUGGUUGUUGUCUUUUGAUUUCUUUAAAAAAAAACAAAAUCUUCCCUUUUGUUGUCCAGUUGCUUCCAGCAAUACCCUUUCUUUCCCUUUUGUACCACAAUUUGUUUUGUUAUGUUUUGUUUACCGAGGGUUUUAGAAAAAAGAAUUGGAAACAGGGGAAAAUAGAAAAGUCCUACACUAAUGAGAGACGCAGACACACCAUAGGGGGAUUAAAACAAGAGGAUCUGUACCUAUUUUGUAUAUGUAUAAUAAUUUGAGAUGUUUUUAAUUAUUUUGAAUGCUGAAAUAAAGCAUGUUGAGUGGUCGACCUUAUGUUUGUCAGAAGUGAUCUUGACUUAUCCCUGAUUGCCCAAUGGACUUGA